CGUCCCGAGGGCAUGCGGCAGCCCCUGGGACCCCGCUCCCGGGCUCGGCGGCGCGGGCGAGUGUGAGCGGAUGUCCAGUUCUUCUCCACAAUGAAUGAAUGCCACUACGAUAAGCUGAUGGACUACUUUUAUAAUAGGACCAACACGCACACUGCCGAUGACUGGACGGGGACGAAUAUUAUGAUUGUUUUGUGUUUUGGAACCUUUUUCUGCUUGUUUAUUUUUUUCUCGAAUUCUCUGGUCAUUGCGGCAGUGAUCAUAAACAGAAAGUUUCAUUUUCCCUUCUACUACCUGUUGGCUAACUUAGCCGCCGCAGAUUUCUUUGCCGGCAUUGCUUACGUAUUCCUGAUGUUUAACACUGGCCCCGUUUCCAAAACGUUGACUGUCAACCGCUGGUUUCUCCGCCAGGGGCUUCUGGACGCGAGUUUAACUGCCUCCCUGACCAAUUUGCUGGUGAUCGCCGUGGAGAGGCACAUGUCAAUCAUGAGCAUGCGGGUCCACAGCAACCUGACCAAAAAGAGGGUGACGCUGCUCAUUGUCCUCAUCUGGGCCAUCGCCAUCUUUAUGGGGGCGGUCCCCACACUGGGCUGGAACUGCCUCUGCGACAUCUCUACCUGCUCCUCCCUGGCUCCCAUUUAUAGCAGGAGCUACCUCAUUUUCUGGACCGUGUCCAACCUUGUGGCGUUCUUCAUCAUGGUUGCGGUGUACCUGCGGAUCUACAUGUACGUCAAGAGGAAGACCAAUGUCUUGUCUCCACAUACAAGUGGGUCCAUCAGCCGCCGGAGGACACCCAUGAAGCUGAUGAAAACGGUGAUGACCGUCUUAGGGGCAUUUGUCGUGUGCUGGACACCGGGCCUGGUGGUGCUGCUGCUUGACGGCCUGAACUGCAGGCAGUGCAGCGUGCAGCACGUGAAGCGCUGGUUCCUGCUCCUGGCGCUGCUCAACUCGGUCAUGAACCCCAUCAUCUACUCGUACAAGGACGAGGACAUGUACAACACCAUGAAGAAGAUGAUCUGCUGCUUCUCUCAGGAGAAUAGCGCCAACCCCGAGAGUCGCUCCUCCCACAUCCCGUCCGGGGCCCUCAGCCGGAGCGACACGGGCAGCCAGUACAUGGAAGACAGUCUCAGCCAAGGCCCCGUCUGCAAGGACGCUUCCUAGGCGUGGACACAACCUCGGCCCACCCAGGCCUCUAUUAAGAAUGGCUACUUGUCCCCCACAAAGCCCGUGUGCAGUGUUAUUUGAGGUUUGAACCAAUCAUUGCUAGAUUAAAAAAAAACAAAAAACUUAGUUGAAAACACGGGCAAUAAAGAGGACAUAAUGGAACAAUGUAGAGAAAGGGGGUGGAGCCUGCUUGUUCCUGUGUGUACGAACAUCUAUCCGCCCCCCACCGUGCUUCCUGCCCCACCCCGCACCCCGUGCUCUGGUAGCCCUUUGCUGUGUCUCAAAGCCAAGGAUGCUAUUCAAGGGCUUAGGCCCAAAUUAAAUAAUAAUGCUACUUGA